AUGUCGCGUUUAGAUCGCCUCGUUACUCUUAUCGAGACGGGAUCAACCCCUUUUAUACGAAACACUGCAGCAGAUCAACUUAGCAGUUUAGCUAAGCAACAUCCUGAAGAUAUUCUUAAUCUUCUUUCUAGGGUUUAUCCAUUUCUUUUAAACAAAAAAUGGGAGACGCGUGUAACUGCAGCAAGAGCUUUGGGUGGAAUAAUUUCGUUUGCUCCUCAAUGGGAUCCGAAUUGCGAUGAUAGCAUGAAUACAAAAUUAGAACAUCAAGAUGAAGGACCCUUUGCAGCCGGGAAGGAGGAGUUAAAUGGGAACGGAGAUGCUGUCCACGUGAAAAAUGAAAUUGAUGAUGAUGCUAUUUUAGACAAGUUACUUAACAAUUUUGAGAAUAGAUUAGUUACAUUGGAUGAUUUUGACUUGUCCGAAAUUCUAAAGUCCCACAUUGUUCUUUUAGCCAGCUCCGGUGCAGAGUACAAUUUAGAUAAUCCUGGUUCUAACUUAAAGAAAAGAAAGACCGAAUUCACAACAAAAUUGGGCUUGGAUGAUAUAAAGAAGAAAUUACAGCAUGUUUCGGAUAUACAAGUUAAGAAGGAGGAUGACUUAGAGAAUAUGUCUAAGUCACCUUCACAAAGUCGAAGUUCAACGUCUUCGAGAGAGUCUUCCAUCUCGCCACUAACACCGGCAAAGCCGCAUAUGUCGGCACGUAUGCGUGCCUUAGCCAAAAGGAGGGCGAGAUUUGCAAAAUCCCAUUCACAUCGUAACGAAAAUGUUGAUUUGACUAGAAGUUCCGUUUCUGAGGAGCUUUCGGAAAGCAAGGAAUUUGAGGUAGUUAGUAAGAAGAAAAAUGAAACUGCUUAUGAUGUGACGACACAGAGCGACGAGAAUAAGCUAUGCAUAGAGAAUAAAGUGAAAACUCCAGCCUUGUUGAAUGAGACAUCAAAAUAUAGCGGGUAUGUUUGGCAGUUUCAGGGAUUGUACGAACUUUUGGUGAAUGAUCUUUUUAACGAGGUUUGGGAAAUUCGUCAUGGAUGUGCAAUGGGGCUAAGAGAGUUGAUCAAAUAUCAGGCCAAGGGGGCCGGCCGUGUUAAAGGAAAAACUAGAAAGGAGAAUGACUAUAGAAAUGAAAAGACUUUAGAGGAUUUAUGCGUUCGUCUGAUAACUUUAUUUGCAUUGGAUAGAUUUGGCGAUUACGUUUCCGAUACUGUAGUUGCCCCUGUCCGUGAGAAUUCCGGUCAAGCGUUAGCUGCAUUAUUACUCCACCUAUCCGACGAAACAGUAUUGAGAACCUUUGAUAUUCUUUUAUCUCUCAUAAAGCAGGAUAUUGCAACGCUCGGAAUUCAAAUACCCUGCUGGCAAGUGAAGCAUGGUGGCAUUUUGGGAUUGAAAUAUUUUGUUAGUGUUCGGACGGAUAUGCUUUUUAAACAUCCAACGAUAAUGGAUAGAACUAUUGAUACUGUACUAUAUUGCUUACGGGAUGAUAGUGAUGAUGAUGUUCAAAGCAUGGCAGCAGCUACACUUAUUCCAAUUACCGCGGAAUUUGUCAAUUUGAAACUAGACAAGGUGUUUGAAGUUUUAGAUGCAAUUUGGAACAAUUUAUCAAGCACGAGGGAUGAUUUAUCUGCUUCCACCGGUUCUAUUAUGGACCUCUUGGCGAAACUAUGUUUGCAUAAGGAAGUUCUUGAAAGGAUGAAGGAACUUGCUGGGCAAAACGAGAAGUAUGACUUCAAAUUUUUGGUGCCAAAGCUCUAUCCGUUCUUCAGACAUUCUAUCAUUAAUGUGCGUAAAUCUGUUUUGAAAACUUUAUUCGCAUUUCUAAGCAUUGAUGACGAUUCCACAAAGGGCUGGAUUAAUGAUAAGGCUUUCAGGUUUGUGUUUCAGAAUAUUCUUAUGGAACAGAAUGACGAUGUUUCGGAGUUAUCUAUGAAAGUAUAUGUGACAAUGUUAAGUGAAGUUGCUAAAGGAUCGCAUGGAUCUAUGGAAGAUAUAUUUAAAGACAACUGGUAUCCUCUACUUAAAUUGAUGACUACACCGUUAGGAAUCGCCCGAUUUAAUUACUCAAUGGAUCCAACGUACAUUCUUCGCCCAAGUGGAAGCACCAUGUCAUCAUCAGAUAUACAACUAACUGGAUUUAACAUUGGCAAACACCAUGGCCAUAAAAGAAAAUUCCCAACACCAAGUGACGACAGUCAAAAGAAAACAUCUUCAGGUAUACCUGACACUGAGUACGAUCUGCAUGUUAAUAUAGAUGCUCCUAUUAUCAAUGGCGAUUUGACUUUGGUUAGUAAAGAGGUAUUACUCCGUACUAGAUUGAUAUGUGCAGAAGCAAUGGGCAAAACUAUAGCUCAUUAUACCUCAGAAGAAGCUUUAGAAGAUGUUUGCAAGCAAAUUACAGUAGACUUGCAGGAUUUCCACUCAACGUCGAGGCUAAUAGCGUCUAUUAUUGUUGAUAAUUACUGCUCUACUUGCAGUGAACUCGGCAAGCAGCCAGCUGAUAUAGCAGUGAAGACAUUUGGUGAUAUAUUUUGGAGUAAGCUAUCUGAUCCAUCUUUAUUACCGUCAUUCAGAGAAUCAGUGCCUACUCUUAAGGGUUUGAGAACUCAAUGCUUACAGCUAUUCGGCGUAUUUAGCGAUGUGGGUAAGGUUUCUAGUUCGAAACUUCCAACACUACCAGUCAUUGUUGAAGGAGAGAAGGAUGCAGGGCCUAAUGCAUUUGGAAUUUCAACUGCAGAGAAGGUCGUAAAUCAAUGGUACAAGAAAAUUUACAAUUCAAUGUCUGCUCUUUAUCGGAUCAGUUCUGUCAAACCAUUGGGUGAUGCCAGACAUAGAAUUAAGAUGGCUAUUUUAGAUGCAAAAUCUUCCGCCGAAUUGGUCAACAUUAGUAUUCUGGCUUCUUAUGCCUCUUGUUACAUCAAACUUUGUGGCUUACCUAAAAAACUUAAUCCCGUUAUCCGGGCAGUAAUGGAUAGUAUCAAACGGGAGGAGUCUCCUCAAUUGCAAGCAAAAAGUGCCGACUUUGCUGCCUAUCUAAUUUCUUUCUUACACGAAAAAGGAAAGCUUGGAGCUUCAGAUAAAAUGACAAAGAAUUUGUGUGCAUUUAUGUGUGUGGAUACCUCUGAAGUUCCUGAAUUUAUUCCGAACAAGGGACUCCGUGAUGCAGUUUUAUCUUUAAAGAAGGAAGAUGCAGAUGAUACUGACUCAGCGCAAUCCACCAUCGUAAGAAAGGAAGUUUAUCAAGCAAAAAUUAAAAGGAGAGGAGGAAUUAUGGCUUUGAAGAGGCUCCUUCGAAAGUAUAAAGCCGACUUGUUCAAUAAGUUGCCUAAGAUCAAGUUAAUGAUGUUGGAUGCUCUGAAGAUUUUCGAAAAAGGUCCAGAUUAUCAACCUACCGAUGAGGAGGGGCAAGCUGCUAUUGACUCAUUAGAGCUUAUUCGAUCUUUGAUCGGUGAAUUAGAUCAAAGUUUAUAUCCAGAGCUUUUUGACAAGGCAGAUUUGAUUUUGGAUGCGUUGCAGUCCAAAUAUUCAGUUUUCCGCUACUCUGCAUCGAAGUGCUUCGGUAGUGUUUGUGCGAUUGCUCCGGGACUGGGAUUCCGGAAGUUGGUUCGGAGUGUUCUACCUUUGCUUAAUAAUGCACUUGAAGUUACCAAUAGACAAGGUGCCAUGGAGGCAGUUUAUCACAUAACAAACCUUAUGGGCGCUUCAAUACUUCCUUAUGUGAUCUUUCUAAUUGUUCCAGUUAUGGGACGAAUGAGUGAUUCCAAUAAUGGAAUAAGGAUGCUAGCUACAAAAUCGUUUGCUUCAAUCAUAAAACUAGUCCCACUUGAAGCCGGUAUACCAGACCCGCCUGAUAUGCCGGAGGAUUUGUUAGAAGGUAGAGAGAAGGAAAGAAAGUUUAUACAACAGAUGAUGGAUCCUACUAAGAUCGAGCCAUUCAAAUUACCAGUUUCAAUUCACGCAACCUUAAGAAAAUAUCAGCAAGAUGGUGUUAGCUGGUUAGCAUUUCUUAACAGGUACCACCUACACGGUAUUCUAUGUGAUGAUAUGGGUCUUGGAAAGACGUUACAAACAAUAUGUAUUGUUGCUAGUGAUCACCACAUACGUGCAGAGAAGUUCAAGGAGACGGGCUCUCCGGAGUUUAAGAGGAUAUCAUCAUUGAUUGUUUGCCCACCCUCCCUUACUGGUCAUUGGGAGCAGGAAUUUGCGAGAUUUGCACCCUUCAUGUCUGUUCUUGUUUAUGCGGGACCUCCAGCUAUUCGAAGCCAACUCAGGGCAGGAAUGUCAAAGUACGAUGUUAUCGUCACCUCUUAUGAUGUUGUUAGAAAUGAUUGUGAGUAUAUGACACAAAAGAAUUAUAAUUACUGUGUUCUAGAUGAGGGUCAUAUAAUCAGGAAUGCACAUACGAGACUAACUAUUUCUGUGAAGAAGGUGAAAUCUGAACAUCGAUUAAUUUUAACCGGUACUCCAAUUCAGAACAAUGUUUUGGAAUUGUGGUCGUUGUUUGAUUUCCUCAUGCCCGGCUUUUUGGGCACAGAAAAGGCAUUUAAUGAUAAAUUUGUUAAACCGAUUUCAACAUCCAGAACAAGUAAGGGCAGCAAAGAUCAGGAAGCUGGUGCAUUAGCGUUGGAGACAUUGCACAAACAGGUUCUUCCAUUCAUGCUGAGGAGACUCAAGGAGGAUGUUUUAUCAGAUCUUCCUCCUAAGAUUAUCCAGGACUAUUAUUGUGAGCUUUCAAGCUUGCAAAAGCAAUUGUAUCAUGAUUUUAUUUCAAAGCAGAAAGGAUCUGUCAAGAAGGAUAUAUCGACUUCAAACCAAGGUGGAAAGAAACACAUUUUCCAGGUUCUUCAGUAUAUGAGAAAGUUGUGUAACUCUCCCGCCUUAGUGGUCACUCCAAAUCAUCCGCAGUAUAAUGAUGUGAAGUCGUAUUUGGGUAAAUAUAACAUGGAUCUUAGGGAUAUUCAUUACGCACCAAAAUUGAUGGCAUUGAAGAAUUUGUUGAAGGAGUGUGGAAUCGGUCUAAGUGGAAACUCUUCAUCCAAAAAUCAGGCUCAUGAUGUCUUACAGGAUAACGUUAUUUCACAGCAUCGUGCCCUCAUUUUCUGUCAAAUGCGUGACAUGCUGGAUAUCGUUGAAAACGACUUGUUGAAGAAGCAUAUGCCGGAUGUAACUUAUUUAAGAAUGGAUGGAUCUACGGAUCCUCGAUACAGACAGCAGAUAGUGUCGAAGUUUAACGGUGAUCCAUCUAUCGAUGUCUUAUUGCUUACGACUAAGGUCGGUGGAUUGGGAUUGAAUUUGACUGGAGCUGAUACGGUUAUAUUUGUGGAGCAUGACUGGAACCCAAUGAAUGAUUUACAGGCAAUGGACAGGGCACACAGAAUUGGACAGAAAAAGGUCGUGAAUGUAUACCGAUUGAUUACAAAGGGAACGUUGGAGGAGAAAAUUAUGGGACUUCAGAAGUUCAAGCUUAACAUUGCCAAUACCGUUGUUAACCAGCAGAAUGCUGGUCUUUCAUCUAUGAAUUCGAACCAAUUGCUUGAUUUGUUUGGAGAGGAUGCCGAAAAGGCUACAAAAGGUGAUAAAAGUGAUCAAGAAGAAGCUGAAGAAGGUGAAGAGCCUGAUGACACCCAAGAAACUUCAAAUAAGGGACCAGAUGAUAGGAACGUUCCAAACGAAGUUGGACUAUCGGGUAAGGCUGGAAAAGCUGUUACGAGCUUAGGAAAAUUGUGGGAUGAAUCCCAAUACGAGGAAGAGUACAAUUUGGAUUCUUUCCUUAAAACGCUUAAAUAA